AUGGAAGUCCUCCUCCAUGCCGCAACCGCCGUGCGUACAGCUCUGGCGUAUGAGAGUGAGACGUCCGAUAGCGGUCUUGACAGCACCAGCCUCUGGUUGACACGCCAAGCGGUCAUUCCGCCUUCACUCUGGUCGACAACCGGUGGAAAGUCUCCUUUGAUUGUAUUCGAAGACUCAAACUUGGACUUGGCCGCUCAAUGGGCUCAUCUUGGCUUCACUUCAAUGAUACUGAAAUAUCCUGUGGGCCAACCAUUCGAAGAGAAAACAUACCUCGGACCCCUUGUCAGCAAAGCGCAUUUUCACAGAAUGCGAGAAUACGUCAGUCUCGGAAAGGAAGAGGGGGCAAAAGAUAUCUUAGAUGGCUAUAUGCCAUCUAGGUUCAAAAAGGGGUACUUCGUCAGCCCAAGCAUCUUUGUCGACGUUAAGCCGUCGAUGCGGAUUUACCAAGAGGAGACCUUCGGCCCAUGCGCCGUGGUAUUAAAGUUCAAAGACGAGGACGAAGCAGUGAGAUUGGCUAAUGAUUCGAUGUAUGGCCUCGGUAGUGCGCUCUCUACAGAGAACAUCAGCAAGGCUCACAACGUCGCCCGUAGGAUCGAGGCUGGCAUGGUAUGGGUGAACAGCAACAAUUACUCAGACUUCCGAGUUCCUUUCGGCUGA